AUGACCGUCGACCUUUCAAUCUUACAGAACUGUUGGUUCAAUAGCUCCAGCACUGGAAAGUUGGAUCAGGUGGGACUGUCUGCAGGAUUCCUGGGAAACGCUGCCUCCAUCAGGAACGGGAACAGCUCUGUAUCGUCCGGCACUAAUCUCCGAACGAGGCCCUUCAGCCUCAUGGAUCCUGAUAUCCCACAGCUCGCAGAAGGAUUUGGAGACCACCAGAGACGAAGCUCAAGGGAAAACCCUUUCGCCAAAGUGCAGCUGAGGCACACCGUCACCAACGACCGCUCGGCCCCGGUGGUUCGAUGAUUCAAAAGACAGGAGGAUGGCCGGCAGCGCAGGAUUCUGAUCUAACCGCGUCUAACGGUGGCGCUCGGUCGCGUCUCCCCCCCCCCCCCCCCCCUCACCCACACCCCCAGAGGUGGAGGUAUCACGCACUAACCCUCUAACGCGACAGAAACCCCCUCCCGUGACGACAACGGGAUCUGUUUCCCCCUCCCCACGACGCACGUGACUCCCUCCCUCCCUCCCAGGCACGACGUCAAAUGCCA